AUGGCGGAUUCCAACCCUGUUCAAGAGGCUACGGCCUCCAUUGCCAACCUUCUUCUCGACGAUGUCACCGGCGAGAAAGUCUCCAAGACUGAAUUGAAGAGACGCCAGAAGCAGCGUGAGAAGGAUGCCAAGAAGAAGGAGAAGGAGGCCGCUGCUCCCCCCAAGGCCGAAAAGAAAUCAUCUGCCGAGGAAGACGAGGCCAACUUGACUCCUAACCAAUACUUCGAGAUUCGUUGCAAGAAAAUCAACAAGCUGCGCGAAACCAAGCAGCCGGAUCCUUACCCACACAAGUUCCACGUCGACACUGACCUCCGCAACUUCGUUAAGGAGUACGAUGGUCUCCAGAAGGGCGAACAGAAGCCCGAUGUCACCGUUCGCGUUGCCGGCCGUAUCUAUACCAAGCGUACCUCUGGUAACAAGCUGAACUUCUACGACAUCCGCUCAGAGGGUGUCAAGGUCCAGGUAAUGUGCCAAGCACAAUUCGCGACCGGAAAGCCCUUCGAAGAGCAGCACGAGCACCUUCGCAGAGGUGAUAUUGUGGGCAUCGUAGGUUUCCCUGGUCGGACCAAUCCCAAGAACCGUGACGAUGGUGAACUUUCUAUCUUCGCCACUGAGAUUAUUCUCCUGACCCCUUGCCUACACGCUAUUCCUUCGGAGCACUACGGCUUCCAGGACAAAGAGCAGCGUUUCCGCCAGCGCUACCUGGAUCUCAUCAUGAAUGACCGAUCACGUGAUGUCCUUAUUACUCGAUCUAAGGUUGUUUCCUACAUUCGCCAGUACUUUGAAAAGCGUGAUUUCAUUGAGGUUGAGACUCCUAUGAUGACCGCUAUUGCUGGUGGCGCUACAGCUAAGCCCUUCGUAACCCACCAUAAUGACCUCGACAUGAACCUCUUCAUGCGUGUCGCCCCUGAGCUAUACCUCAAGAUGCUGGUUGUUGGAGGACUCAACCGCGUGAUGGAGCUGAAUCGGUGUUUCCGCAAUGAGGGAAUUGACCUUACUCACAACCCCGAGUUCACCACUUGCGAGUUUUACCAGGCUUAUGCGGAUGUGUUCGACCUGAUGGAAACCACUGAGGACCUCGUUUCCAGUCUGGUCAAGCACAUUACUGGUGGUUAUGAGACAGUAUUCCACACUCAGUCUGGCGAAACCUACAACGUGAACUGGAAGGCACCCUGGCGGCGAGUGGAGAUGAUGCCUGCUUUGGAGGAGGCCUGCGGUGAGAAGUUCCCUGCCGGUGACCAGCUUCACACCCAGGAGACCAACGAAUUCCUUAAGCGCAUUCUGAAGAAGAUGAACGUGGAUUGCUCGCCCCCACAGACCAAUGCCCGCAUGCUGGACAAACUUGUGGGGGAGUUCAUUGAGAGCACUUGCAUCAACCCCACUUUCAUCACUGGUCACCCCCAGAUGAUGUCGCCACUGGCCAAGAAACACCGACACAUUACCGGUCUUUGCGAGCGUUUCGAAGCCUUCGUUUGCACCAAGGAGAUCACGAAUGCUUACACGGAGUUGAACGACCCCUUCGACCAGCGUAUGCGCUUCGAGGAGCAGGCCAACCAGAAGGCCCAGGGUGAUGACGAGGCUCAGAUAAUUGAUGAGAAUUUCUGUCAAUCCCUCGAGUACGGCCUGCCCCCGACCGGUGGCUGGGGUAUGGGCAUUGACCGCCUGGUCAUGUUCCUUACCGACAACUACAGCAUCAAGGAGGUGAUGACCUUCCCCAUGAUGAAGGAUGACAAGACCGCCGCCGAGCCGAAGACUGCUGCCGAAGUCGCCGGUAUCGAGCCGGUUCCCGAGGAAGGAAUCCCCCACAAAUGA